CCCGGUUCACUAACAGAUCUCACCUGGCCUUCGCUGCGCUGGAGGCUGUCUGUUUUCAGACUAGAGAGAUCCUGGAGGCUAUGAAUCAGGAUUACGGGGUUCCUUUGACCCAGCUCCAGGUGGACGGAGGCAUGACCUCCAACAGACUACUGAUGCAGCUUCAAGCUGAUGUACUCUGCAUCCCCGUGGUGAAGCCGUCCAUGUCGGAGACUACGGCGCUGGGCGCCGCCAUGGCAGCAGGGGCAGCGGAGGGGGUGGGUGUCUGGAGUCUGACCCCUGGUAACCUCACAACCAUCCCCACUGACAAAUACCAACCCCUGAUCAAUCCUGAGGAGAGUGAGUUCCGGUACGCACGAUGGAAGAAGGCCGUCCAGAAGGCCAUGAAUUGGGAGACCACGGAGCCCAUCAUCAGCAAUGGGAACGGCCCGGUCGGCAAUGGGAACGGCCCGGUGGGCAAUGGGAACGGCCCGGUGGGCAAUGGGAACGGCCCGGUGGGCAAUGGGAACGGCCCGGUGAGCAAUGGGAACGGCCCGGUGAGCAAUGGGAACGGCCCGGUCGGCAAUGGGAACGGCCCGGUCGGCAAUGGGAACGGCCCGGUCGGCAAUGGGAACGGCCCGGUCGGCAAUGGGAACGGCCCGGUGGGCAAUGGGAACGGCCCGGUGGGCAAUGGGAACGGCCCGGUGGGCAAUGGGAAUGGACACCACUAGUAGGAUCUGAGCCAACACUAGGAACCGUUGAGGAUACAUAUGGAGUUGAAGAGAGGGGGAACAUACAGAAUGUAACACCCGUCCCUCCAUAGUUCCACAUGGCACCUACAUCUGAUGGCUGUUUGGGCAUGCUGUGGACUUUCCUUUCCUCCUGAGAGCAUUCCUAGUGCACAUCCUGUUGCCUCCUGUACAUGUACUCAGCCCCGUUCUCUUAGUCCCAUGGACAAGGUGUGAACCUUUAUCUUGGAAGAAAUGCCCAAAGAUGGAAUCAAUUGAUGGAACUCUACUGUGUGUCUGAACUGUGAUGGAAGAGACUGAUUCUCCUGUGGAAGGAAAAAAAACAUCCAAUCGUGUCUUGUUUUCUAUGAAUUGAUUAAGCAGAUGAUAUUUGAAUGUUUAUCUUGUUUGUUUGUCAUAUGUUGUGCAUCUUGUCAUUUUAACAAAUGGUGACACUGUACAUUUAAAAAAAACAAAAGACAAAUUAAUGACACUGGUUAGUAAUAGCGCCACCAUUGAACCAGUGUUGUGAGAAUGUUGUAGGCUACAUAUCUAUAAUGUGGAAUGGAAGGCCUGCUGAGAGAUGGUUUGAUACUCUGAUGAUCGUAGAUGUACCUAGUUAUAUGUGGGUCCACUUGAAGGAACCUCUGUAUGAAAAUUAUCGCAGGGUCCCUUACAGCACUUUAUAAUGAUUGAUUUACGUGUGGAGUGCAUGAUCUGAGUACAGCACUUUAUAAUGAUUGAUUUACGUGUGGAGUGCAUGAUCUGAGAACAGCACUUUAUGAUUGAUUUACGUGUGGAGUGCAUGAUCUGAGUACAGCACUUUAUAAUGAUUGAUUUACGUGUGGAGUGCAUGAUCUGAGUACAGCACUUUAUAAUGAUUGAU